CUAUCAUCAGACAAGGAGCUGCCAGCAUAGGACUCGCCCAGGAUGGUUACCAUAAUCAAGAAGAGUACGAAUGACCACUGUCAACCUCGGUCUCGACUGCCCCUUCCACCUUGAGAAAGUAUUGAGACUGGCGAAAGAUGGCUAAUGUACAUCCAGACAAGCCGGCGUUCAACUGCCAUCAAAGCGACCGAUUCAAGUGUGACAGGAUCGAGCAGCUGGCGUCGCCCCAAGGGUAUUGGUUAUGCCGUACCCCGUCCCUUCAGAGUCGGUUAUGGAACAGCUAAGAAGUACCGCCGCUUGGUCACUCUAUCCCAGUACCAGCAUUCGCCUUCUUUGCUCUACUUCUUUUUUGAGAAAAAUGCUCAACGGCUACCGUGCUUUCCUUGUUCACAACGAGAAAGAUGUAGAACUCCUCAUCAUGUAUAAUAAGAUAGUCUAGCCCUGACAAAGCUAGUCAAUAUGUCGUGGGGCUGCGAUCUUAUACGGGCGAGGCUGUUAUAUACGGUGGUUAUCCGUAGCGCGAUCGCCUUCGGGGCGACUGCGUGGCAUACUAUAAGUGAGGAACCGGCAGGGCCAGCUAAGAGCCUGAUGGGGAUACAGAACGAGUGCCUCCGGGUGGUCUGUGGCGCCCACAAAGCGACGCCGGUUCGCCACCUGGAAGCAGAAGCAGCAAUCCCGCCACUAGACCUCUAUCUUA